UUGGGCCAUCCAGAGACGUAAGUGGGGCUGGACCGGAAGGUGUCCUCAGCCCCGGGGUGCCGGGGUCUGGGUCUCGACGUUUGUCCCUGGGGAUGUGGAGAGCUGGCAGCAUGUCGGCGGAGCUGGGAGUCGCUUUUGCUCUGCGGACAGUGAACGAGCGCGUGCAGCAGGCGGUGGCGCGGCGGCCGCGGGACCUCCCAGCCAUCGAGCCCCGGCUAGUAGCCGUCAGCAAAACCAAACCUGCAGACAUGGUGAUUGAGGCCUACAGUCAUGGCCAGCGCACUUUCGGAGAAAACUAUGUUCAGGAACUGCUAGAAAAAGCAUCAAAUCCAAAAAUUCUGUCUUCAUGUCCUGAGAUUAAAUGGCACUUCAUUGGCCAUCUGCAAAAACAAAAUGUCAACAAAUUGAUGGCUGUCCCCAAUCUCUUCAUGCUGGAAACAGUGGAUUCUGUGAAGUUGGCAGACAAAGUGAACAGUUCGUGGCAGAAAAAAGGUUCUCCUGAAAGGUUAAAGGUUAUGGUCCAGAUUAACACCAGUGGAGAAGAGAGUAAACAUGGCCUUCUACCUUCAGAGACAGUAGCCAUGGUGGAACACAUAAAUGCCAAGUGCCCCAGCCUGGAAUUCGUGGGGCUGAUGACCAUAGGAAGCUUUGGGCAUGAUCUUAGUCAAGGACCAAAUCCGGACUUCCAGAUGUUAGUGUCCCUCCGGGAGGAGCUGUGUAAAAAGCUGAACAUUCCUACUGACCAGGUUGAGCUGAGCAUGGGCAUGUCCGUGGACUUCCAACAUGCAAUUGAAGUAGGAUCUACGAAUGUCCGCAUAGGAAGCACCAUUUUUGGAGAGCGAGAUUACUCAAAGAAACCUGCCCUGGACAAGUCCGCAGCAGACCUAAAAGCCCCCGUGGAGGUGACACAGGAGCAUUGAGCCACAGAACAACCAGCAGUGGCUUGCCGCCCGUGGGCCCUGUCUAGGAAGACUAACUAUGCACUCACCCGAAUCUUCAUUUUGAUAUUCCCCUGUUUACAGCACAACCAUGCUCUCCUUGUGACCUGGUGAGAGCACGCUGAGGAUCAUUUGUAUUGAUGGAAACCAUCUGUAUUCCGUGUCUGACGUAGGAAGCUUGCUUCGUGUAAUGGCUUUGGAUUGGAUUUGAGAAAUCCUGACAUUUCUGCAGAACAGAUACCAAAUCAAUAGCCAGGAAUUGAGUUCAGUAUUGAAUCCUGCCCAGGAGCACCAGUCAACCCAUGAAUGCCUUUCCCAACUUAAAAUUUGGUCACUGAUGCCUGUAAUGACAGAUGCCAGAGUCUGAGGAAUUCCCAUUUGUCAUCCACUUUAAUAGAAAACUCCCUGUGAUUACCAACUUCAUACAGACCCUCGCUGAGUAAUCAUCUUCACUGUUCUGCAGCAAGGUGAUUGUGCCUACCUUACCCAACCCCCCAUUUCCACCCCGCCCAAUAAAUAUUUGUUUCUACUCUGGACUAGCAGUACAGGUAACUUCAGGAAAUGGCUCAAGUUAAUGCUCCGAACCCCAGUGGUUGUUGAUGAGAAUUGGUGUCAUUGGUCACCCUGUAGUGUUGACCCUGAAAAGUAUAAGGGGUAACGGAAAUGGGACUUCAGCCUUUUUAACAUCUUCCUGAAGAGACAGGACUUUGAGUUUUUUCUCUGGGCCCUACAGUGAUGAGAAGUUAAUGAUAUGAUUUCUCGUCCACCAUAAUUCUCUUUAAGUUGAUUUCUUAUCAAGGACCGGUGAAUCGUGUAGCUCCCCAGAAAUGAAAGAUUCCUUCAAAGCCAGUUCAUGUUGACAGUAUCCACAAAGCCUGACUGUGAGGUUCCUGUUCCUGAGGAGCACUUUCUAGGCACAUUUAUAGGCCUCCCCCUCCCCCCCCUACUAUAUUGAUAACCCAGAACUGCAGGUCUUCUUGUUUGUUAAUAGAGAGCAAGAUAUUAAGAAACCAGAAAGCACACUUCUCAGAUAGUCAUGACAGAUGACUUUGGUCUUGGUUGUUUAUCUCCUAGAUGUUUUUUCCUAUUUAUUCAAGCCCCAAUCUUUAAUUUUUUGAAAUAACUUUCAGAACAGGAUGCUGCUGCCGAAUGUAAUUUUGUAAAACUUCCACCAUUAUGAUCCCUGCACUGUUUCAGUCAGCAGUAGAAUGUGAUAUUUCAGAGUCUAUUAAAUAAAAAUGUGAGUUUGAAUUAUGCCAUCUGUGCCAAUUACAAAGCAAUUAAAAGCUUUAUUUUUUAU